AUGCUAUCAGAGCAGGUCGAUCCCCUUGGGUCGAUCCUGUGGGUGGGGCCCACCACCUCACUGCUUCCACUGCUACUGCUACUCUGUGUGUUGCACGCCCCGUGGCGUGCGACGGAUUUUUCAUCCCGCCGCGCGCUCGGAGCGUGCGGCGGUUUUCUGCCCGCCGUGCGCCCCGAGGCGCGCGGCGGUUUUCUGCCCGCCGUGCGCCCCGAGGUGCGCGGCGGUUUUCUGCCCGCCGUGCGCCCCGAGGCGCGCGGCGGCUUUCUGCCCCGUCACUCCGCGCGUCGCUCCCGGGAGGCGCUGCGACGGGCGACGGGGACCCGCGCGUCGCCCCCCGUCGCCCAUCGCGGCCUGCGCGACCUGCGUAGGGCCCGCGCGCGGCCCGUACAGCCUGCGCGCGGCCCGUACGGGCUGCGCCAGGCCCGCGCGCGGCCCGUACGGGCUGCGCCAGGCCCGCGCGCGGCCCGUACGGGCAGCGCCAGGCCCGCGCGCGGCCCGUACGGACUACGUCAGGCCAGGGCGCGCCUCGGGCCGCCCGCACGCGGUUCGUACGGGCUGCGCCAGGCCCGGUUUGGGGGUGGGGGGUAUGGGGGUGCGGUUUCUGUGCGUCGUCCCCUACUCCUCCUCCUCCUCCGUCUCCCAGUGCUGCAGCUGCCGCUGAGGGGGGUGGGUUUGGAGGAGGUUGAGCGGGGGCUGCUGUCUUGUCGUCCGCAGCACCUGUAG